AUGGCAUUAUCGAUGGAAAUAGGACGAUGCUUGAUCAAUGACCUUCCUGAACUUGUCUUAGUUCAUAUUUUCUCUUUUUUAACAAUUGAUGAACGACAAGUCGUCGAAGAAACAUGUAAACUAUGGUAUAAUCUUCUGCGGAAUUCUCAUCAUUUGGCAUUUCACUCCGUUGUGCAAUUGCACGCACUGAUUGAAGAUGUUCCGGUGCCGACAAAACUAGGUCGGGUAUUACCCCGAUGGACACGAUUAACUCGAGAUUCGUCGAAACCAGCUCAAGCAAUCGACCCGAGACCGUACGGUUAUAUUCAACAAUAUCUGAAACGAUUUCGAACUGAUAUUAAACAUUUACAUAUCGAUGUUGAACAACAUGAUGUUUCAUGUCGAUUUGUUCUUUGUCAACUUUUGACGCUUUUUGGCCCGGAACAAUGUUCACAAGGUCGACAGAUUCGUUCAUUUUCCGUUCGAUUUAUAAGUCACAAUCCAUUACUAAUGAAAUCUCAAGAUAUUAUUCAAGCUCUACGUAUCUUUUUCCAAUACGACGCUUCAAAAAAUCACCGACACUCGCUGAUCUCUUGCGAUUUGUCUGGUCUAACCAUCUCCUUAGAUGAUGAUACAAUCUUAUUGCUAACGAAGAAUAAUCCCUGUUUACGUAAAUUAAAUUUACAAGACCAAUCUUUAGUUUGUAUAUUAACUCCGUUUUGUAUUUUACAAAUUAUCGACAUGCUGAAGAGCUUGGAAGACUUAUGGAUUGACAUGGUAUCUUUAUCAGAUGAAUUUAUUUUAAUGUUGGUUAUGGAAGAAGAAAAUGAACAAAAGAUAAGUAAACGGGCGACUCUGAAACAUUUGGGAGUGAGAAUUCGACGUGAGGAGAAAUUCUCCGAUGAAAUUGAUAUAAGUUUGUGGCAAAAAUUACGGGAAGAAUACCCGCAUUUGAAAAUGACAUUAAAUUUCGGUUUGACUACCCCAUUGAAUCGUAUUCGAGCUUAUAUGAACGCAAAUUUACAUUUACCGGUGCAAACGUUAAUCAUCAAUACACCGAUUCCAGUCGUCGAUGAACUUUAUCUCGCAGCAGAUAGUUUUGCCAGUACUUUAGAAAAUAUCCAUAUAUGCACAUCAGGUCAGUGGGCUGCAAUAACGCGCACACCAAAUUUUGCCAAAGCGGUGGUUUAUAUUGCAUAUCAAUGUACUCAUUUACGUACACUUUAUGUUGAUGUUGCGCUUAAUGCUGAUGCAAUUGAAGAUAUCUAUCGAUUACAUCCGCAUUUAAAAGAACCUGGUGCAAGUAAACUUCUUCUUACCGAUUGUCCCACUCAUACAAUAAAUCCUGAAGACAUGGGCGAUCUAUUUGGUUAA